AUGACACUCUCCACGAAACCCUCAAAAAUCCGCGCCAUUCUCUUCGAUUUCAUGGGUACAUGUCUGAACUGGCACGCCUCACUCCUCCCCCAUCUUCCGCCCCUUCCCUCCCAUCCCUCCUACCCCCCCUCACUCACUUCAAAAAUCCAAUCUGAUUUCCUCCUCCAAUGGCGCCAAUCCUAUUUCGAUGCCAACACCUUUCGCAUCUCCCACAAUCUCCCCGUGGAAAACAUCGAUUUCACACAUCUCUCCACCCUAGAAACUCUCCUCCUCACCCCCCUCUAUUCUCCCUGGUCUUCCUCCUUCACUCCCCCCAUCAAAGACUCCCUCAUCCAGGCAUGGCAUCAUCAAAUCCCCUGGCCUGAUGUUCUUCCCGCGCUGACAUCUCUUUCUGAUGGGAAUGAAUAUGAGCUUUUCGUUCAUGCAAACGGAUCUACACGAUUACAGCUUGAGUUAGUGAAAGCAGCGGGAUUGAAGGGAGUUUUUGAGAUGUUGUUUUCGAGUCAGUUGGUGGGGGUUUAUAAACCGGAAAGAGGGAGUUAUGAGUGGGUGAUGCGGGUUUUGGGGUUGCAGCCGGAGGAAUGUGUCAUGGUGGCGGCGCAUACGAGUGAUUUGAAAGGGGCGAGGGAGGUGGGGAUGAGGACGGUUUAUGUGAGGAGGUGGACAGAUGAUAUUAAUGAUGAUCAGGAGGUGAUUAAACGCGAAAAUGAUGCGUAUUUGGAGAAUAUGGAGGAUUUGGAAAAGGUAAUUAGGGAGUUAUAA